GUCAAGAAUCGGUGGGUAGAGGUAAAGACAGCCAAUUAUCGCUUCCCGUUUCCUGAAAUGCCUAGUCUCCCUGGGCGACGAGCUGUUUGUUUGCUACGCCAUUCCACUGAAGUGAGCAGAGUCCAGAAGGGCCUCUGAGCCAGUCAGCUGAAGCAGGCAACUCCAGGUAGGCGGAACGGGUCUUCUUCCUGUCGUUUCUGAGGGGCUUUGCUGACUAGGACAUUCCAUCAUCUAGGCUGGCUGUCAUGGCUUGCAAUGGGAGAGGAGGAGGUGUUUCACCCACAAGGGGACUUGGACGGUCUCUUCUUCCCUCCACCCUAACGUGGAUCAUCGCUGUCGUCUUGGUGACGCUGCUUCUUCCUCAAGACGCCUUGGCCAAACGCCCGGUCGUUUUCAAGGUCGGAUGGAUCCUUCCACAGCAACUCAUUGCCCUCGAGGAGAAGGGAGCCUCAUCAUGUCACUGUCGAAUUAAGUGCAUGAUUAACAUGUCGUGUACGGCUCUCAGCAUUCUGGUUAACAAAGAUUCUGAAGCUACCAACUGCCUCUUCAGUAACAAGAUUAUUCCUCUGGACGCACUCUCAAUGGCCGACUCUGCCUACACUUGGGUUCACAAUGACUCAGAGGCAACUACAACCAGUACUUCUCUGGGAACGACCACUCCUGUAACGACCACACAAACAACUACAACUGACACAACAGCUGGACCCAUAGUAUGCCGCAGUAGCUGGAUAGUAAACGGAGCUUCUUGCUACCUCUUCAGCAAUGUAACUGCGAACUGGGACACAGCCAAGCAAAACUGCAUCGACAUGAAGAGUAAUUUGACAGUGAUCACUAGUGAUGACGAAUACAAUUUUCUUUUAGAAAAGGUUGUGGUUCGUGCUUGGAUUGGGAUGUACUCCCCAUAUUUCAACAAGACAUUUUUGUGGAUUGACGGCACUACUCCAACUAUAGACAAAUGGGGGACGGAUGAACCUAACAAUGCUGGAUAUGGAGAAUACUGUGCUGAAAUUUAUAAACCAAUAAAAGGAUGGAAUGAUGCAUCAUGCACGAUUACUAUAAGGUAA